AUGAGAGAAAUUAUUCACUUACAAACCGGUCAAUGUGGUAAUCAGAUUGGCCAAAAAUUCUGGGAAGCCAUCUCUGCGGAACACGGCCUUGACGCUACAGGUGCCUACCAUGGUGACAGCGACUUACAGUUAGAACGCAUUAAUGUAUAUUACAAUGAGGCAAUGGGUGGAAAAUAUGUCCCAAGGGCUAUAUUAAUAGAUCUUGAACCUGUAACUAUGGAUUCAAUCCGAUCUAGCCCGUACGGCUCCCUUUUUCGACCAGAUAAUUUCGUGUUUGGUCAAUCUGGUGCUGGUAAUAAUUGGGCUAAAGGUUACUACACAGAAGGUGCUGAAUUAGUCGAUUCUAUCUUAGAUGUUCUUCGUAAAGAGUCAGAAUCCACCGACUGUCUUCAAGGUUUUCAAAUCCGUGAAGAAUAUCCUGAUCGUAUGCUGUGUACUUUCUCGGUAGUACCAUCUCCAAAGGUUUCUGAUACCGUUGUUGAGCCAUACAAUGCGGUGCUUUCAGUUCAUCAAUUAGUAGAGAACAGUGAUGAAACCUUUUGUAUCGAUAAUGAAGCCUUAUAUGAUAUUUGCUUCCGUACCCUGAAAUUGACUAAUCCAAGUUAUGGUGAUCUUAAUCAUCUCGUAUCGGCUGUCAUGAGCGGUAUUACAACUUGCUUACGAUUUCCUGGGCAGCUAAACAGUGAUUUGAGGAAGCUCGCUGUCAAUAUGGUUCCUUUUCCACGUCUACAUUUCUUUAUGGUUGGGUUUGCACCACUGACCUCACGAGGGUCUCAAGGCUUCCGUGCUCUUACGGUACCAGAACUGACCGCACAAAUGUUCGAUUCCCGCAACAUGAUGGCUGCUUCGGAUCCUCGUCAUGGUCGAUACUUGACUGUGGCAACGAUCUUCCGUGGUAGACUUUCCACAAAGGAAAUUGAAGCACAAAUGCAUACAAUUCAAACUAAAAUGAGCUCUUACUUUGUUGAAUGGAUUCCAUCAAAUGUUAAAACUGCUGUGUGCGAUAUUCCUCCAGUCGGUCUUACCAUGUCCGGUACUUUCAUCGGCAAUAGCACAGCGAUCCAAGAACUUUUCAAACGUAUAAACACACAAUUCACCGCAAUGUUUAGGCGAAAGGCUUUCUUACAUUGGUAUACUGGUGAAGGUAUGGAUGAAAUGGAAUUCACAGAGGCGGAAUCAAACAUGAACGAUUUAGUUUCCGAAUAUCAGCAAUACCAGGAUGCAUCCACUGAAGAGGAAGGUGGCGAAUUUGAAGAAGGUGGGGAAGAAUAUGCUGCUGAGGAAGAGGCCGA